AGCGACGUGUGUUUUGCGUACCCAGGAAGCCAGAAAGCUAUAGGCGCUCUCACGAACGUAAACCUCUCGAUCGGUGCAGGUCAGCUCGUCGUCGUCGUAGGUGCAAACGGAAGCGGCAAAUCCACGAUCAUUCGCUUACUUUCGCGUCUCUACAAUCCCGUCUCUGGGGAACUGCUCAUCGACGGAAAGAACGCCAAUGAAUAUCGGUUAGCUGACCUCCAUGAAUCAAUCGCCAUCUUGAGUCAAGAUACUAAGAUUUACCCACUUUCCCUAUCCGAAAACAUCGGCGUAGGAUUCCCCGACCAGUGUGCGAAUAAGGAGAUGGUUGAAAGAGCGGCACAACAAGGAGGCGCUUCGGAAUUCAUCAAAAAGCUUUAUAAAGAUCAUCCUUUGCAAAAGGAACUUGAAGAAUUGGAGAGGGAAACUGACAUCUCUGGAGGUGAACGACAGCGAGUCGUAGCUGCUCGGUCUUUCAUGCGCUUCCAAUCCGAUAAAAUAAAGUUUGUCGCAGUGGAUGAACCGAGCUCCGCCCUUGACGCAGAAGGUGAACUCCGGCUUUUUGAAGAAAUCAUUAAGGUGCGGUCUGGGAAGACAAUGAUCUUCGUGACCCACCGCUUUGGACACCUGACCAAAUAUGCCGAUAAGAUCAUAUGUAUGAAAGAUGGUGGAAUUGCCGAAAUGGGGACACAUACUGAGCUGAUGCAAAUCGAAGGUGAAUACGCGAAAUUGUACAACAUCCAAGCG